AGCUAUGCCCAAUGCCCAUCAAAUGCCCGGCCCCGGCCAUAGAUGCUAUGUGAUGCUAUGCCAUUGGCGUAAAUAACAACAUUUGUAAACAAAUUAUUUACGUUUAAGUUUUGUGAAUUUAAAAAUAAUUUACGAGUACCAUUAGUUUUAAUGGAAUGUGUUAGUGAGCCUUUAACAUUCUAAGUUUAAACUAAGCUUUUUCAAGAAUGGGUUGCACUCAGAGUGAAAUUUCUCCUCAGAAUGAAACGCCCAGAAAAGGAUGCACGGAUAUUUUAUGGCUUAUUAUAUACGUUGUUUUUUGGAUUGCUAUGAUAAUAAUUGCUGCUAUUUCAUUUGUGUAUGGAAACCCACAAAGACUUGUGAAUGGAUAUGAUUCUUUUGGGAAUACAUGUGGGGUCAAAAGUAAUCAGAAAUUAAUGAACACAUCAUUAGCUGGUAUCAGUACAGUUGAUAAGAGCUACUUGUUUUUUAUGGAUGUUAAGCAUUUACGCAAAUCACUGAAAAUUUGUGUGAAGAAAUGUCCAAAUAGAAAAUUGGAUACUUUGACUGAUUUGCAAAACUUUUAUAAGGAAACUGGAUCAAAUUUAUGUCAAUAUGAUAUUGAUCUAAACAACCCCAAAAACACUAAUGGGCUACAUAAUUUUUAUGGUCCAUGCCCUGUGCUACCUGUUUACGACUCAUUUCCUCUUUUAAAUAGAUGUUUCCCAAAAUCAGCUAAAGAUUUGGCUAAGAAGGUAUUCACGGACUUCAAUGAUUUGCUCAAUAGCUGGGAUACAAUUGAACAAAGUCUAUCUGAUUUGUAUAAUUCUUGGAAAGAGAUGAUAAUAUGUGUUAUAAUAGCAUUCAUUUGCUCUUUAAUAAUGGUGUCUAUUCUACACCUACUGGCAACACUUGUUUCUUGGAUAUUCAUGAUUGUGGUAUCAAUUGCGAGUGUGGCAGGAACAGCAUUGCUGUGGUAUACAUAUCAUGAACUUAGAACAAAACAAAAAGACUUUUCUGAGUCAUCUGUGUUCUUAGCAGAAUCAUUUAAAAAUGAAAAAGCCUUCCUAUGGUACUCCAUUAUUGCCACAGUUAUAACAGUAAUAUUGCUUCUGUUGGUAUGGGUGAUGCGUUCCCGCGUUUCGUUCCUGGCUGCGUUGUUCAGAGAGACCGCUCAUUGUCUGGGCUCCAUUCCAGCACUGUUCCUCCAGCCGAUAAUCACCUUCUUCUUCCUCGUUCUUUUCUUCACGUUUUGGUGUACUGUUGUGGUGUGUCUUGCGACGGCUAAUUACCCCGGCAUCCCGUACAAGAGCAACUUCUUCAUCAACGCUAGCACCGAACCCGAUCAGAACAACCCAGCACAACUAGGACAGAACCCUGAUGAUAGCCGCGCUUAUAAAAAUCGUAUCGAGUUCGACCCGAUGUGGGUGCAGAGUAUGUGGUGGAUGUGUCUCAUCUGCCUGGUGUGGGGAAGCGAGUUCAUCCUUGGCUGUCAGCAGAUGACUAUCGCGGGAGCUGUCUCGCAUUGGUACUUCAGAGGUCAAAACGCCCAUUCGUCGCCAGUUCUGUAUUCGAUUGGUAAACUCCUGAAGUACCAUCUCGGUUCAGUUGCGAAGGGAUCAUUCUUGAUAACGCUGUUCAAAAUACCUCGGCUGAUUCUCACCUAUCUGCAUGCAAAAUUGUCAGCGAGGGCUGAAAAGGGAUCGGACUGCGCGAAAUGCGGCCUUAAAUGUGGUAUUUGCUGUUUUUACUGCUUGGAGAAGUUUAUACGAUACCUCAACCAUAACGCUUACACUAUCAUAACGAUUGAGAGAUGUCAUUUCUGCAAGGCUGCUGCUAAGGCGUUCAGUGUAAUAGUAAACAACGCUCUCCAAGUGGUGACGAUCAACAGUGUGGGCGAUUUCAUAUUGUUCCUGGGCAAGUGUAUAGUGACAGCGGUGACGGGCAUCAUUGGACUGCUGCUGCUGAAGAGGAACUCGGACUUGCAUUUCUUCGCCGUGCCCACGCUCGUUAUAUGUGUGUUCGCAUUCUUCAUUGCUCACUGCAUACUAUCGCUGUAUGAGAUGGUGGUUGAUUCUCUGUUCCUGUGCGUGUGCGAAGACCGCAAUAUGAACGGUGACGAGGGACGCUGGAAGAACUCACGCCUGGCGGAGCUGGGCGGACACAAGGCACGUGGAAACGAACAAGAUGGCGCCGAACUGCAGGAUCUUAAUGAAAAGUACUGAUGUCAUAAUCAUUUCCUGUAUGGAAAGAAAAUUAACAAUCCAAGUAUUUACGAAUCUCUAAACGUUUUACACUAUUUUUUAUACUCUUGCUUAUGUGUUGUAACUUUAUUUUGAUGGCUAUGUAAUCAUUUAUUCGAAGUACAUUUUUUACAUUGUGAUAAGUCUUAUUAGGAUAAGGGAAAUCGUUUUUUUUUACAGUUUACAGUAUUUAAGUUGGUAUCAAAAAACUUUUGAAUAUUAUUUAAGUAAUGUACCUCAGCCUAAUAAUAAGAAUAUUUCACAUUUUCUUCCUCAGUUUUUUUACAAUAAACACCCAAUUCCAUUAGGAUUAAAUACAUUAUUAAUAACCUCAAUACACAAUGUGUAUGUUUUAAUGUUUAAAGCCAGCAUAGGUGGCAUGAUUACUUCCAAAAAUAACUUAUUUAAUAUUUGUAUUACAAAGUUAAUAAAAUAUUUUUGCAGAAGUAAACCACCUAAUGCUUUAGUCAUAGUGUAAUCUUUUAUUCAGUACAACUUGAGUCAUAAAAUGCACAGCAAUCACUAAGACUGAUCGUUUUUAUAUUGUUUAUUUGACGUAAGAAAAAUAUAUCCAUACCAUAUAAUGUGGUGUAUUGAAACAAAUCGGUUUAUUUCUUUUAUAUGUGACCCUUAAACAUCGGCCACACAUUCUGUCUUAUUAAUAAACGCAGUGUUAAGUUAUUCCCAGUUUAAAAUUACUUCUCCCUGUCAUGUAAUUCUGUAGUGACAAAGGUAAGAUAGACAAAACUUUUUAAAAUUGGAAUAACUUCACUUCGCGUUUAUUGUCUACUAGCUGACCCGACAGACGUUCUGUAUAUUAUAAUAAAUAAAAUAAUGUUUUUAUAUGAAUUUGUCAAUAAUAUACCUAUCAUAACAUCAAAAAUUAUAUGCACCCUGCUGUCGUAAUAAAAUUGUUUCACAGCAGAACUGUCAAACCGUGCGCCAAUAAAUUCUCUCAUAGAAAUUAUGUAUGGACACAUCAUAGGAAAAACAAAUUUGUUGUUUUUAUUUAAUUUAGCAGCAUUUUCCUAAUUAUUCACCUUUUAAACCUUCUCUGGACUUCCACAAAUAAUUCAAGACCAAAAUUAGCCAAAUUGGUCCAGCCGUUCUCGAGUUUUAGCGAGACUAACGAAUAGCAAUUCAUUUUUAUAUAUAUAUAUAUAUAGAUUAGUAAACGUAGUCUAAAGUUACUCUAAGUUUAAAAUUACUUCUCCCUGUCAUCUAAUUCUGUAUUGAUAAAGGUAAGAUAAAGACAAAAACGUUUAAGCGUGAAAUAACUUUACUUCUCGUUUAUUAAUAACACAGAUGGAAUAAUGCUCUCAUUUCUGGUUGAUGCACCUAAGUAGGUAUCAUGAUAAACCAUUCGCGAAUGCAGAGCUACCCUAAUUCACUUGGCGUUGCGAAGUGACGUCACAUCAUUGUGUCUUCGACCAUAUUAAUCACGGAGAGAGUUCCGAAAUUCUGUAUGAUCCCUGCCACCGCAUCCGUUAUGUUUCAAAAAGUUACUUAUUUCUUUAGCUGCGCCUACGAAGUAGCCUGCAGAAAUAUAGCGACAAUAGGUACGACCAUUGGCUUUCCCCGGCGAUAUCCUUCGGGAGAUCACUGACAGCCUCCAAAUUUGUAUCUUACACACACACAAACACAUUUGUAUCUUAUGCAAAUUAAAAUACACAAAUGGAAUGAAAUUGUCCUAGCCCCGCGACUUUUCUUAUUUAAAACAAGGUCAAACGAAAUCUAUUCCUACACUUCGAAAUGGAAAAUCCACCGUAACGCGUUGAGGAUUAAUUCCUCAUUAAGUGUGAUAAUGUCUUACCCUGUGUACUUUUACAUAUAUUGUAGUUAUGAACAGUUCUUCUGGCAAGGUGCCGACGCACACUCCACAAACUCUUAAAUAUCAAAGUCACCAUCAGGAUCUAUGGCGACCAUUCUUCAAAAAAGCGCAUACCAUAAAGGACCCCAAAGCUCCUGACAAUCCUCUAUAGUCUGUGUGUGGAAGCUUAUUAUCACUUUCUAUUGCGUCACUCAUAUGCUGCUCAUCAUGGUAUUAUUUUUAGAUACAUAUUUGACGUGGUAUUUUAACCGACUUCGAAAAGGCGGAGGUUGUCAAUUCGAUUGGUAUUUUUUUUAUGUAUGUACACCGAUUACUCAGAGAUUUAUGAUCCGAUUUUUGUGAUUCUUCUGUAGUUUGAUGCAAAAUGUUUGCCAUUUGGUCCCAUAAAAACACAUUUGGUCACAUACAAAUGACAAUAUUUUAUUAAUAUUAAACGUAUUUUUUUAUACUGUUGUCAUUUUUAUCUUUAUUACCUAUUUAUCAUUCAGUUUAGUAUCUUUUCACCUACCAUGUUUAAAUACACCACCCUUUGUAAACAAUAUGUAAAGACAACUCAAUUGCAAGCUAGGUACUAUAUUUUAUUAUAUGACAUAAGAUCAUUUAUGUAAUAUUAUUUUUUUAGCUUAGAAUAAGGAUUGGUCUCCGCUGCGCUCCACCUAGAUACCGCACUACUUAAGAACAAUAGCUUUUUUAUUACGGCAACUUUAUACUGUAAUGUGUAUUGGCUAUUGCGGCUAUUGGUAAAGAUGUGUGGCAUCUUUCAAAAUAUACGCUUCGUGUUAUUUUACUAUGAAAUUAAUAAAAUACGAAAUACUUACUGAUGAUAUAUUGUGAUCCCAUUGUCUUUAUUUCUUGUGGUAUUAUUUUUACUACGCCAACCGGCAGUUGAGUUUCAAUUAUUAGCAAAGUUUAUCAGAACAUGUGGCACGUCAACGUCGCACAUUGUUCGAGAUUGGCUCGAGUACGCCCGCUUGGGCGUAGUAGUUAUUAGUUGCCGCAUUUUGCGACCACGCCUGCGGUAUCCAGUUGGAGCACAGCAGAGACUAAUCGUUAAUCUAAGUUUUUUAGUUAUAAAAAUAGAUAUAAGCAUGUGAUGUACCUAAACAUAUUACUUCCAGAAUCUUGGAUUUCUCUUACGUACACAUUGCCAUAAAUAAUUUAUAAUUUAUUUUUUUUAACUGAAGACUUCCAAUUUUAUGAAUAUUAUGUUAAUGUUACGUUAAGAAGCUAUUAUAACUUGGACUGGAUGUAACAAGUUUUUAUAUAUCUAUAUAGCAUUGUUUUGUGCUUACAAUUCUAUAGUGUGUUUUGUGCAACUAUUGUAAUCAACUAUAAGUAUAUAAAUAUUUAUUCUUAUAAUAAUUCUUGAGUAUUUACAAUACAACUGUGACGUUUGCUUUAAUUAAUAAAAUUUUAAAUUGGUGUUGUCAAUGUUGUGUCUUGCAAGAAAUAUUAAGAUGACUAUCUUUACUUCAGCUUCCUUCAAUAAUUUUAUAUAAAAUAGUUAUUAUUUCGGGAAUAGGUAGCACAAGCUAUCUCUAUUUUGUUUGUAGACCAACGGAACAGAGUAAUUCAACAUAUUGAUGCUAUUCUACCCAAAUCAGCUGAGCACUCACACCUAAUUGGCUAACUGCCAGAGCCCUAACUAGAAUAAUUGUCUAAGAUUCAAAUUAAUAUUGUCAUAAAAUUUCAAGCUCAUUGAAAUUAGGGUGUUGUUAUAAAAUAAUAAAGGGUUGUUCACAUAAAAAUAAUUUGCUCAACAAAAACUUUUAUGUCUAAGAGGUAUUUUUAUUAAAGUAAUACCUUUUUAUGAGCACAAUGUAAACUUAUUUGCCUAUUAAAAUUUUAUAAUAUUUAACUAAAUGUAUUUUGCCUACUAAGAAAUACUAAACCGUCCACUUUUAAACUUCGCUGUUAAUCUCAUUUCUCAAGUAUUAGUUUAUAUUUGUGCAAUCUUUAAUGCUCUUUUUAUUUUUAAAUAUUUUUUUUUUUUACUUUUAUAAUGUAAGAACAUUAUGUUAUGCGAUUAUACAUUAUUAAGAACUAUGAUAUUUUUAUAUAAUAAUUUAAUCAUCAUGUCUAACAAUUUUCAAGAAGAAAAUGUUAAACUGGAAUAUCUUCUUCCAUUAUUCUGUCAUAUUGAAUAUGCUUUUAAUGACUUAAAAUAAAACAUGUGAAAAA